CUCCCUUUCACUUUCUUUAAACCCAUUGUUGGAGACAAGGAGAAAAACAUCAUAAGGAACCAAAGUUGCUCAAUACCGCACUGUGAAUGUCAAAGACUCAUAAUCCCAUUUACUCUCAGCGAUUCUCCAGAGUUAUACCUCUUGGCGAGAAGAAAAUGGGUUUAUUCCUUUCUUCACUUCCCGGACAAUGCUCUCGCCAUGUCUUUGUCCCUUCUGUGUAUAAUAUUCAUGUGAACAGCCAGGUUUUCCAAAUGCUAAAUCUCGUUCUUAUUCCUGAUCAUCAUCAAUAUUCAGUACAACAUCCAUCUCUUUUUCCGGGGUGAUAAAGUGCCCCUUUCUUCACUAUUCUCUAUUGUUACCAUCCGAUGGACAUCAUCAUCAGGAUUCUCCGUGGCGAUAGUAGGAAAGCCGCUGUCUUUUUGACAGAUAUUGUCCGGGACUUCGAGUGCCAGUAUGCAGGACAGCCAUUUCCUCAGGCCAACUCGGCGCUUGCUGAUGCCAUCGUUUUCAGCGACAGGACAAACACCCGGUUCACCCAGUUUCUAAAUAACUCACAGCCACCCCAACCGCGUCUCCAUAGGCUCAUGUACCUCGGCGCGCUUUCCACUUCUAAUACGUUCAUCGAGGUAUUUAAAAACGAGAGAGAUGGUUUAUGGAAGGCCCUACUAAUAGAGCUAGAUAAGCACAUGGCUGUCAUCAAUUUCUUUGCCCGCUCGCGCCAGCUCCCAUGGAAAGAAGCUAUCAUAAGCUAUUUCGACGAUAUUAGUGAUACGGGCCCGGAUUCAGCACCAUUCCGCAGCGGGGUUUGGCCUGUUGAUGUCCCUGCCCAUCCCUUGGGCCUAGAAGACGAUAUAUUCGAAGGUGUGCAUCCCCAUGCUUUCUACUUUUGUUUAAACGGUGGAACAGAUCGAAACAUGGUUAUGAGUGGCUCCCGUAAAGACAAACCUAUGGAAAACAUAAAAGAGUCCGCCUUCGACCGGAGAUACUGGCCCAGAACCGCGCCUCCUUCGUGGCCAGCCAAUCGAACAUACCUCGACCAUCCGCAGAACGUCCGCAACGCGACAGCCGGCAUCCCUGCUAACCAAGCAGAUGAUUUUUUGAUCUGUAGCGAUUGCGAUGAAACUUUUGUUGACACCACCACGGACGAUACAGGCUGCACAUGCGUCUCAUGGCAUGUUGACCAUCCAUGUGUCCAGGUUCACGAGUACCCCCCUUAUCCCAGUGCUCCUAGCCAAGUCAACAAGGGCGUUAUAACUAUGCAAGCAUUCGCAAAAGACGAAAUUAUCGGAGAGUACGUCGGCCUGUUGUUACCGCCAGGCAGAGCAGAUCCAUCGAUAAGAAAAAACGUCUUUGCAGAUGACGUCUAUACGAUAGACCUCAACGCAGCAGUGAUUGUCACCGUAGAAGGUGAGGAGGCGUCGAUGCUGGGCGACAAGAUAGCCGAUGUUUCGGCAGGGUGGAAAGGGAACUGGACGCGGUUUAUUAACACGUCCCCACGGAAGGGAUUCUGGUGCGCACGAUUCGGCUAUUGCGUUUGGAGAGGAGCUGAUAGCAUCGUAUGGGACCGACUAUAUGAAGACUCUUUUCGGGAACAGCUGGAAACCCUGAUAUGAAUGAAUAUGGAAGGGACUGACGGG